AUGAAACUGCCCCUGCUGUGUGUGCUGGUGGUAAUCGCUGGGGUGAUUCCAGUCCAGAGUGGGAUACUAAACCUGAACAAGAUGAUCAGACAAGUGACCAAGAAGACACCCCUCUUACACUAUGGGUUCUACGGCUGUUACUGUGGACUUGGUGGCAGAGGCCAACCCAAAGAUGCUACAGACUGGUGCUGCAGAAAUCAUGACUGCUGUUACAGUCAUUUGAAAAGCCAAAGAUGCCACAUCAACACUGACUCUUACAGAUACAACUUCAGCCAAGGAAAAAUCCAAUGUUCGGACAAGGGGAACUGGUGUGAGCAGCAGCUGUGCUCCUGUGACAAGGAGGUGGCCUUGUGCCUGCAACGCAACCUGAGAACCUACAAAAAACACCUGCGUUUCUACUGGCGGCCCAACUGUCAGGGCCAGACCCCAGAGUGCUAA